AUGCACGACUCUUUUGCCACGCCGUCGGCACCCUUCUGGCGGCCGGCGUUGCCACAAUCUCGCCGCGCUAGUCCUCCGCCAUCGACACUGUCGCCUAGCCGUCCGCGGACCAAAAUUACCGAGAUGAUCUUUUGUACCUCGAUCCGGGAGCGCCCCGAGUGGGCAUCGGUCGUUCCUAUAUUCCAAGCCGUGCCAGCUGAGCCUCGAUGGGAGACAGCGCGACUGAGCUCGCAUGAUCUUGCUGUGCGCGUAGCGUCGGAGGGGAUUGGUGCUGGCGCUCACGGCUCCAGCGAUACCAUCCGAUUCCUCCUUGUCGCUCCAGGCGAUGUAGGCCAACUGGAAUCAGCCAAAAAACUCCAACGGCUUGCGCAACGGAAGAACGGCCCUGACAGUGUUGUUAUUUUUCUCCUCUCGCGGGGCGAUGGUGAGGGACACAACAUGAUGGCCUACAAACAGUUGCAACUCGACCUCCGGGACAUGGACCUGUCCAUCUUGCCAUUGACUGCUGUUGCAGCUUUACCAGCAACAGUGGCCGCAUUUUGUAGUCAGCUCACGAUACCGUCGCGGUUCGAUCAAGACAAUCACAACAAUACCUUGCAAAACUUGGUGCGCAUGUACUUUGGAGGUCCGUUGCCAUUGUCGAUCGAAGGCGCAAAGAGGCUGAUUGCUGCAACGGCAGCGUCUGCAAAACGACCCGAAACUACUUUGCAGGACGUGAUCCGCUUCUGCUCUGACUUUAGAGGCCGAAGCCCGCAUCAACUUGCAGAUAUAUUGGGGUCGGAGGAUGCCUCCCGCUUGGCCGACUUUUAG